UCAUGGACAUUUGUGAAAAGUAGAAUAUUUAGUGACCCUGGUCAAACAAACAACAAGAAGUCAUGGACAUCACAAGACUUCUUACUGAGAAAUGUUGGAUUGGAGGAAAAUAUUUGCCUACCUGCUACAGGUGAAGAAGCAAUGAAAAGGUUAUUAGCUUGCAAAGGACAAGAUCCUUACAGUAUACUUGGAUUACGAGCUGAUUCAUCCAAUGAAGACAUUAAGAAAUUUUACAAAAAACAAGCAUUUCUAGUUCAUCCAGACAAGAACCAAGAACCAGGUGCAGAGGAAGCUUUCAAAAUUUUGGGCCAUGCUUUUGAGAUGAUUGGAGAGCCAGAAAAACGAAAGCAAUUUGACAGUCAUACAUUGGAUGCAAGUGAAAUAGAGGCAAUGAGGGAGUUUGCAGACAUGCUGUCUAAAUUGCAGACAAAAAUUCAAGAGGCUGCCAACACCAUGCCGUGUGAUAACUGUACCGGCAAGCAUCGACGUGUGCCGGUGGAGCGACCUAUCUAUAGUGCCAGGUUUUGUGAGCUCUGCAAUACACACCAUUCUGCUCGAGAGGGUGAUGUCUGGGCUGAGUCAACAAUGCUGGGGUUUUACUGGCACUACUAUGCAUUGAUGGAUGCACAUGUAUAUGAUAUUACCGAGUGGAUGAAGUGCCAUAAGGAGUAUUUUCGCCAUAUGAAGGCUAAUUCUCAUACAGUUACGUAUAAGAUAGCUUCGGAAAGUAAUCGCAGAAGCAGAAACCAGCAAGGGGACCCUGACUUGGAAGACCUCAUCAACCAGUUAUUUAAAUCAAGUGCUACACCAAAUGGCAGAUCUUCCUGGGGCACCUCUCACCCAGGAAGUGAAAGAUCAUCGGCACCAGGAUGGACACAUGAAGCAUCAGCAGCAUCAGCCAAAAAAAGCCGCCGCAAGAAGAAACGGCACUGA